AUGAAGGCGCUACUGGUCAGGAAGCGCGAGCCGGAGGGCCUGGGCAAGGUGCAAAACAGCAUCAGCAGCAUGCGCCUUGGGUUUGUGUUAGCCCCGCAGGAUAAUUUGAAGGUGCACUAUCCCAAAGUCCGUUGGUGGACAGGGGAUGGAAGAAAGCUAGCAUAUUACAACGAUUUGGAAGAUCGAAAUCUAUUUGACACUCGGGUUGUCCAAGUGGAGCCCUACUUGCUGCCAUUGUGCCCUAACUUGGCAUAUGACUGGAGAAUAUGCAAAGCCUUGGCCGAGACUGACAAUCUAGACAUGCUCGACUUGGACGUGGUCAAAGCCAUCAUCUCGGUUGCGUUGCCCGCGACGACUUCCUGA